AUGUGUACUCAAGAUAAAGUGGAAACUGUAAUAGAACAGAAUUAUAAAUCAAUAGGCGUUCAAGCAUCAUUGGAUGGUAAUUUAGCAAAUAAUUUUUUAUUCUAUUGUACUACUGAAGGUAAUAAUAUUGGUACAAUGGCUCAAUUGCCUUAUCAAAAUGUUAUAAAUGAAACUAAAAUGGCUCAUAAAUCAUGUGGGCCUAGUUCUUCAGACUUGGGAUGCUCUUUGUUAUGUGGUGGUUUUCAUGGAUUUUCUUCCAUUAGUAACAAUGAAGAAGGACUUAAACAUUUAACUGGACUUUCUUCAAAAAUAUUCAAUUUUUUUCUUAAAAUAAUUCCUAAAAGUGUUGGUAAUCAAAUGUGUGAGGAAAAUCGAGUUAUACUAUUUAUGAUGAAAAUAAAAUUAGGUCUAACAUAUUCAGCAUUAAGUGUAUUAUUUAAAAUUCACCGAACCACAGCUCAAAGAAUUUUUAUUGACAUUUUAAUAAUAAUUUAUGAAAAAACUAAAAAUAUUAUUUUUUGGCCCAGUAAAGAGGUAGUAUCUAGUAUAUUACCAGAAUGUUUUAAAAGAAAUUAUCCUAACUGUCGGUGUAUCAUCGAUUGCACAGAAAUACGUGUUGAACAACCCAAAACAGUUGAACAACGAGUAUAUUUGUACUCAAAUUAUAAAGGUUGUUAUACCAUUAAAUUUUUGGUUGCUAUAACUCCUAACGGCAUGGUAUGUUUUGUUUCCAAAUGCUAUGGUGGCCGUGCUAGUGAUUCAUACAUCACCAAUGACAGCGGAUUUCUAUUGAACAUAGAGCCUGGAGACAUAAUUUUAGCAGAUAAAGGAUUUCCUGGAAUAAGAACAGAAUGUGAAAAUUCUAGUGGUAUCUUGUUAAUGCCUCCUAUUUUGCAUAAUGGACGCUUUACUGAAGAAGAAGUUUUAACAACAUACAACAUUGCAAGUGUAAGAAUACACAUAGAAAGAUUGUUCGCUCAAAUAAAAACUUUUGGUAUUUUUAACAAAUUUCAAAUGGAACUUGUGCCUUAUGCUGAUUAUAUAUUUAAUGUAUGUUGUGUUAUUUCUAAUUUACAGAAUCCUAUUAUUAAGCAAUAG